CAGUCAGUCUAAAUUAGAGCGUCUGUUUUAGACUCCACCCUUCAACCCACUGAUUCACAUACUGCCCUGCCUGUCUGUCUGCAGAAAUCCUCUGUAUUUCCGCAUCUCUCAGAUUCUUAUUUUACAAAUGUUCAGAUAUUACAAACCACUUGGAUAUCUAGUAAUCUAAAACGGAUACAAUUAAUGCAGUGAGGAGUGAAGGCUGGUUCUUGGAAGAGCCACAGCCUGCGGAGUCAGUCACAUUCUUGGCUGGGAUUCAAUGACUGAGCCAGACACACACAAACACUGAGUGAGUGAGUGAGUGAGUGAGUGAGUGAGAGAGAAAGAGAGAAAGAGAGAGAGAGAGAGAGAGAGAGAGAGAGAGAGAGAGAGAGAGAGAGAGAGAGAGAGAGAGAGAGAGAGAGAGAGAGAGAGACUGUGCUCACUGACUCAUAUUGAACUGCAGGGGCAGAGGAGCGGAGGCGACGCGCCGUGUCCGGCUGCAACGAUCUCUACUCGCAGGGAAAAACAAGGAUUUAAAGUUUGUGGAUUGUGUAUUUCAUUGCUGAAUUUCGAAGCGGGAAAGUCAGACACCCCCGUGGGAUACUUUGGUGGCAACUUGCGCGCUUAGUUUCUCUUACCGUUGAGUUUUCUGUCCUCGUCGGUCUGUGGAUAUGGACAGAAGAGAGCCCACUGCAGGGGACGAAGACGCGCCGGUGGAAACAUUCGUCUAACUGGGAGAAAACCUAUACUGAAUUGAUGGAUAUUUGAUGAAGCCCUAUCCACUUUGUUGUGCUUAUUUUCAGAGACUUGGAAACAGAGACGAGGGAUCUUUGAGUUGUAUUUCUGACCAGACUCUGUGUUUCAUUAAGAAAACGGUGCGUAAAACAUGGAGACGGUAACGCGACAGAGUUUUCAGCCUCACCCGGGACUGCAACAAACUCUUAAACAGUUUCACCUGAGCUCCAUGAGCUCUCUCGGAGGACCGGCCGCUUUUUCGGCCAGAUGGCAACACGAUCUGCUGUUUAAAAAGGACGGGAAAGACGUCCCGGAGCCCGUGCUGCACCUCCCCCCCAUGCAGCCUCCUCCGGUGAUGCCGGGGCCGCUCUUCAUCCCGUCCGACCGCUCCACCGAGAGGUGCGAGACGGUGCUGGAGGGCGAGACCAUUUCGUGCUUCGUGGUCGGCGGCGAGAAACGCCUGUGCCUGCCGCAGAUCCUCAAUACUGUGCUGCGGGAUUUUUCGCUCCAGCAGAUCAACUCGGUGUGCGACGACCUACACAUCUACUGCUCUCGGUGCACCGCCGACCAGCUGGAGAUCCUGAAGGUGAUGGGCAUCCUGCCGUUUUCCGCGCCGUCCUGCGGACUCAUCACCAAAACAGACGCCGAGCGCCUUUGCAACGCGCUCAUAUACGGGGGAACGUAUCCACCGCAUUGCAAAAAAGAAAUCUUCGGCUCCAUAGAGUUGGAGCUCACCGAGAAGAGCUUCAAAAUCUAUCACGAGUGCUUCGGGAAGUGCAAGGGAUUGUUCGUCCCGGAGCUGUACACCAGCCCAAAUGCGCCCUGCGUCCAGUGCAUGGACUGUAGGCUCAUGUACCCGACCCAUAAGUUUGUAGUGCACAGUCACAAAUCGCUGGAGAACAGGACUUGCCAUUGGGGCUUUGACUCGGCGAACUGGAGGGCGUAUGUUCUCCUGAGCCCGGAUUACACGGGGAAAGAGGAGAAAGCGCGUCUGGAGCAGUUCCUGGAUGACAUUAAGGAGAAAUUUGACUUCGCCAAUAAAUACAAGCGGAAAGCAUCAAGGGCGUCUGAUCCCAUUCCUGCCAAGAAGUCCAAACAUGAUGACUUACCAGCACAGUCGCCCUCAGGAGACAAAGACAAGCAACCCGAUUGGCUACGAUCCCUCUCUGCGUCGGCCAAUAAGGGGCUCAAUUGCAUUCAGCCCAGGCAGAGACCCUCAGCAUUCAGGCCAUGGUCCCCGAAUAUCUCCGUUAGUGACAAGGAGGGAAUUGGCAGAACUGCAAACAUGUUACGUGACAGCUUCUACAACUACAAGAGUCUGGAGAGCGCUGUGGCACCCAACGUAGCUCUGACCCCCCUUCAAAAAGGGGGGCAGGCAUCUCCCUCCACCCCCAGCACCUCACACCCUCACGCUGCAGAAUGUGAAAGCGCCAGCCGCGGGAGAAAGAGGAGACUGACGGGCGAAACCCACCCCAGCUCGCAGCCCUGCCCCUCGGCCACUGCCAUCAAACCCCUGCCACCUCAGGAGGAGCGAGAGUCCGACGUGGAGGUGGAAGUAGAGAGCCGUGAAGAAUUCACAUCAUCACUUUCAUCCCUCUCAUCUCCAUCCUUUACAUCCUCGAGCUCUGCUAAAGACCUGAGCUCUCCUUCCGGCCCCGGAGCCACUGUGCCUGCGGUUGUGACACCGGCCACCGUUGUCCCCGAGGGUCCCCUGGUAUGCGCAGCGGAGGUACACGGCAUGACCAACCUGGAAUCAGAGCUCGAGACGCUGAGGCAGGCGCUGGACAACGGCCUGGACUCGAAAGAGUCAAAGGAAAAGUUUCUGCAUGAGAUUGUGAAGAUGAGGGUCAAACAGGAAGAGAAAUUAGGAUCCGCCCUACAGGCCAAAAGAAGUCUCCAACAGGAGUUGGAGUUUUUGCGUGUCGCCAAAAAGGAGAAGCUCCGAGAGGCGACCGAGGCCAAAAGGAACCUGCGAAAGGAAAUCGAGCGCCUGCGCGCUGAAAGCGAGAGGAAGAUGAGGGAGGCAAACGAGUCUCGUAUACGGCUAAAGAGAGAGCUGGAGCAGGCCAGACAGCUACGAGUGUGUGACAAAGGCUGUGAGGCCGGACGCCUGCGAGCCAAAUACUCUGCACAGAUAGAGGACCUGCAGGUAAAGCUGCAGCACGCAGAGGCAGACCGUGAGCAGCUCAGAGCCGACCUGAUGCAGGAGCGGGAUGCGCGGGAACACCUGGAGCGAGUGGUCAAGGAGCUGCAAGAACAGCUCUGGUCUAAAAGCCCCAGCAAGAACGGCACAGAAGCACCAUCUCCAGACGGCAAAGACUCCAACAACUAAUCCUCUCUGUCUCUUGACUCCACCCAAUCCACAUCAACACCGCCCUGAUUGACAGCACCUGCCGCCCAAUCACGUCAACUAGCAAGCGGGCGACGCCCCGCCCCACCUGCUCCCAGCCUGUGCAAAAUUGACGCAAAUCGGAGCUGGAACUUUUGUUGAGGGAAUUCAGACUUGAGACACAAAAUAGUGAGCACUGCAUCAAGCCUCCAUCCACAAAUGAGAAGGAAAACAAAAUGCGAAACGUCGAUUUGGAGAGAGGAUAAAGCCAAUAGCACAAAAGCUAACGGUGCCUGAAACUGAAUAUGUUUUCAAAUGAAGACUUUUCUAUGAGAAAUUGAUGAUGACUAUGAGAAAUUUUACACACAGCGAAUCUUUAUAGCAUGCCGUCUGCCCCGAUGUCGAUGUCAGAGAGAAAAAGACUCCCGAUUCCGUUCAUUUCCUCACUUGCCUUGGGGGAAGUACGAUGAAAUUCACUUUGUAAUAAGCUAUUUCAGAGACUUCUUAGUGAGUGUGUAUGAGACAAAACAAAAACUUCUGCAAGCUAUCAGAGCCUCAAAUUAAUCCCUCUUUUGUCAUGUUCAUAUAAAAAGAAAUGAAUCUCUUUUAUGUCAUGCUGGUUUAAAGAAGCCAUUGUUAGACAUGGAGACAAAUAAUUCGACACAUACACAGACAGACGCUUCGCAUUGUUAGGGAGAUACUGGGCAGGAGAGCGCUGAAGGGCUGUGGAGAGCUUGAAGUUCGGCUUUUUCGAAGGGGGAGAGAUAUUUGUAGUGUUCCGAUCAAUCAAGCACUUUCAUUUAAUGUUAAACAAAUUCUCUUCCUCGAGCUGUAGUGUGUGCAAACACGACCGCACGGAUACGCCAUGUGCAUUACAACACCCAAACAAAAUGUUUGUCCGAGGUGGAUCGCAGGAAUGUGCACUUGGUAAUGGAUUUGGUGUCUGUGUGGAGGUUUUGUGGCACACGCAUACAGUACAGCGCUUCUCUGUGGGCAGAGGUGCAGAGAUUUGGCCCAGCUCACCGUCGUGGGCGGCCAUUUUAGGAAGAAAAUCAAAACGCAAAAAAUGAUUUGGCUUCUCGGGCUGGAGGUGUCAAUUUUAUCAAGAACCACACAAAAUUGUUCUUUUUAAGUAAGUUAUAAUAUGUAAAUAUGAAAAUGUUUUUCUUUUCGCUUUGUUUUUUACUUUACAAUAAUGAAUCGCACUUUGUCGUUACAAAAAUACUGUCUGAACGCAUUACGCUCCCACACUCUCCCACGCAUUUAUCUCUAAAGAGAGUUUAGUAUUCCUAGGUAUACAAUUGAAAUAAACCUUUUUGUUAAUUGUAUGCAGUUUUAAGAAAUGCAAUGUAAUCGUGUUUAAGACAAAGAAUUGUAAAUAAAACCGCAAAAUUUUUAAGAAUAAAGGUUCUACCUGCUUGCUUGCUGAAACGUGGAUACGUGGACAGAACUGUCCGCUCAAUUCGACUCAACAUUUAUCAUAGUUAUCCAUAUACGAGUAUAAUCGUUGCUAAAGUGUUAUUGUUACUGAUCUGGAUUCCUAUGUGUUUUGAACGGUUCAGAAUCAAAUUUAAAACCGUUCAGAACGAACGGGCGUCAGACACGCAUCAGUAAAGGGAGUCUAAAAACAAUGCAGGUGCUUCUCUCGGCUAAAAAAUGUUGUGCUGUGAGCGUAUUACUCUGUACAAACAAGACGAGAAUGGAUGAAUGAACGAAGUUUAGAUGGUUUAAUAAAUGUUUAAGCGCUCACACACUUAGCUGAGAUAGACAUAUAUUUUAUACGUGAUUUAUAUACAUUGGGUACAAUGCAAUCAGAAUGUAUGUAACGUUUUGGCUCUUUCAUUUCGUUGUUCUUGUUGUUAUAACAGAUGGUUUUUCAGAUUAUGUGAAUAUUUUAUUGCUUGUCUUAUGUUCCUUCUUUCAAUAGCAAGCUUAUGUAAUUUCUUUCAUAUGCAUGGAAUUUAAAGAAAAAGAUCAAGUCUGCCAUUCAUAUAUUCAUUAUUGGGCAUUAAAACUCUAUAUGUAAUUUUUUUUAAAUUGUGUUAUGCAAUAUAAAGAUAUUUUAAUCUUGUUUUUAAUACAAAUGAAACAAAGCCCACUUAUAACAAUAAAUUUUACUAUAAGAGCUCUUAAUGCAAACAUACACGUUUUAAAUGCAUUACACUUGGGCUAAAUACAAACCAUAUGUGCAUAUGCAAUGCUGGACACCCUCAAGUGCCUGUUUUUGGGUCCUUGGGGUUCCAGAGGAGGAACAAUUAUUACACGAGCCUGUUUCCAUGCUGACCCGCUUCGGACAGUGGUCAGGUUGCAAAAACAGGCCGGCCCGUUUGCACUCUCAUGCGAGGGGGAAUGUUUGGCGCCAUUUGGCUCACCCCGUUUUGCCAGAAUGAACUUGACUAUCAUUGCUUAAGGGCAAGCCGCAGCUUAUUUGAUAGGUUUUAAUGCCAGUUUGUCAGUAUUCCUUUGAUGUUUUCUUCGAAAAGAAAUAAGUGAAUAAUGCAUAGCAGAAUUUAAUGCUCCAAUUGCCACUGGUAAAGAAGAAUUCAAAUCUUAUACUAAGAUAGCUUUUAAUGUACGUCAAUAAAUAAACACUUCUCUGUUUUUAAAGAAUUAACAAAAUAUAUUUAAGAGAAGGUUACUUUUGCUAUAGAUAUAAAAAGAGGCGUUGAAAUGAUAUGGUUAUCAUUUCGGCAAAGAUAUUAAACGGGGGUCUAGGGAAAGCCCAGCAUCUUAAACAAUAGUAGCAAGAAGCUGUGCAUUUUUACAGACCAAAAAAAGAAAAAAACGAGUAAAAAUUAUUUCAGAUGAGGUUGUUUUGUAGUUGUUUUUACACACAAAUUGGUGUUGUUUACUUUGUGCAGUUUUUUAUGAAAAGGGAGACAUUGUUCACGGCUCCUUCGCUCCCGACAUUAUACAAAAAUGUGGAUUUUUUCUAAAAUAAAACAAGCCAUUUUUGCUAACAAAUACAGCAAUAACAACAUAACAUCACUAAUAAAUGAGCAGGAUUAGCCAGUUUGAUAGUAGUAAAGUACAAAGUCACCAAUGUAUAUAGCUGGUUUCUUUUGUUUUAUAAAAAUUUUAUCAUAAAUGUAUAUUGUGUUUCUUUUUCUUUCUUCAGAAUAAGAAAUCCCUUACCUAAAAGUUGUUAUAUUUUACGUUGUGUUUUUAAAAACAAAAAGAUAGAAAUGUUUAUAAAACAAUUAUUUGAAAGUUGUAUUCCCAAUGCAAACAUAUUCAGUACUUUAUUCUGCCUUUUUUUUUUACAAAGAAUGAUAAUAUCAUCAUAGAAUCAUAUUGGUAAAAAACUUUCUUUUUUAAUUUUUUACGUUCAACUAAAUAUCAAAUACACCAAUUCUGGUUGAAUCAAACAUCUGCAUUCUUGUUUUAACAAUCUAUUCUUUUUUCCAUCCCGAUAUAUAUCUUCUUAGCCCUUCACUGCUGCUAUUACAAUAUGCUAUAAACUUUGCAACUCUUGAAAUUAUUUUUAUGUAAGAGAUUAAUGUAUGCUUUCUUCUACUGAUGCCGCUUAUACAGUUUGAUCUGGCCAAUUUCUCCCUCUUAGACUUUCCCUCCCUCUUUACAAGGACUAUAAUGUAAGAUAGACAGCUCUAUGAGAUUAGAGUUGAAAGUAGUUUGGCUUAUAUACUGCAGUGUCAGGAUGUACAGUGUAUAGACCCAUAAUCAAAAAUAAAGUUGUUUGUCCAGA